AUGGCGCCGUCCAAAAGAGCAGAAGUCGAAUCCAGGAAAAAUAAGCACGAUUCUCUCAUACAGCAGAUAACAACGAUUAAUAACGCCCUUAACAUUGAAGCACUCCAGGAGCUCGACGAAGCAGCAGUUGAAGUCCGAAUAGAGCAAGUGGAUCGACUGGAAAAAAGAUUUGAUGGUAUUCAAGCGCAUUUGGAGGAUGAGGACGAACUUGAAGACGUAGUGACGAUGUUUUCUAGCCAUUACAUCGAAGCGAAGACGAAGUUGACGCGCCAGCUGUAUAUUUGCCGUGGCGCAGAAUCUCAUCGCUCGAUCAUGCGGUCAACUUCGGACGAAUGGCCAUCGAUUAUCGUCGCACCGCCAAAACAAAGGGUACCAGUUCUACAUAUUCCAAAAUUCAGCGGUAAUUAUACCGAAUGUCCUGACUUUUUUUCAAUAUUCAGUACUGUGGUGAAGCAAGAUGUGGAUUUGACGAUUGAAAAAUUUCAGCAUCUUCGCUCCAGCCUGUGUGACGCUGCGUUGGAUACAAUACGUUCUUUCGAAAUUUCAGAACAAAACUACGAUGAAGCUAUUGACUUAUUGAAAUCUCGGUUUGAUAACACACGCUUAAAUUUUCAGGCACAUAUAAGAGACAUCGUACAACUUAAAAGAGUAGAAGGUGAUUCCGUGGCGAAGUUUAGCGAACUAAGCGACAACGUAAACGCCCAUUUGCGCGCGCUACAAACUAUGGGUACGAAAGAGCAGAUUGCUGAUUGUAUGUUAAUUCAGCUAGUAUCGCAAAAAUUGGACGUUGCAUCUCGCACGAAAUGGGAGGAAGAAUCGACUGUGAAUGAAAUAUCAACUUGGAAUUUGAUUCCGAAAUUUUUAGAAAAUCGUUGCCAACGUCUGGAAAAUAUCGAAAACGCGUUUAAACUAAGGUUAUUAGUCAAGCAG